UAAUUACUCAAUAGAUUUCUACUGUGAAUGCAUGGAUACUUUGAUUCAGCAAGUAAACGGCAGCAGCGUUGAGCAAAUGGACGCUGCCGAUGAGUCUUCCAUCAGGGCUUUUGUUCCCAUCCUGGACGGACUGAUUCUGGUGACUGGUUUGCUGGGUCAAACCCUGGUCAUCAUCAUUCUUACAGGCAGGAGGCGGAAGAAAAGUCAACCGCCCCAUGGCACAGACACCCUGCUGCUGAGCCUGAGUGCCGCAGACCUGCUGCUGCUGCUCCACCUGCCUUUCCACACCUCUGCCAUCACCCUGGGCUUCUGGCCUUUCGGCGGCUUCAUGUGCAAGGCCAUCAGCUUCCUGGGCGUGGCCUGCUCCGCCGCCUCAGUCUUCACCCUGGCAGCUUUGGCAGUGACGCGUUACCUCACGGUGGUGCACCCCACCUGGGCGUACCGGUCGAGAAUGCACCGACGCGUUAAGCUGACGGUAGCUCUCCUCUGGAUCCCCGCCUCGGGCUUGGCGGCGCCGCAGUUUGCCUUCCGCACGGUCACCGCCUCCAGCGCGGUGUACUGCUUCGCCUUCCUGUCCGACUUCAGCCAGCUGGUCUACGGCAUUGCCCUCUUCCUGUUUGGCUUCGCGCUACCCCUGAGUAUCAUUGUGCUAAUGUACGCCAAGAUCUACUGUUUCCUCCGACAUGCACGACUGCUGGGGAACGCUCCCCAGCUGGAGCGCUACCAGAGCCAGGUCACUCACACUUCAGCCCUCCUGGUCCUGGUCUUCACUCUGCUCUGGCUGCCCUCCUAUGCACUCAUGUUCUCCUUCAUCGGAGGAACCGUGAUCGGCUCACCUGGACACAAAACUAUUGCAAUCCUGGCCAGACUGUUGGCGUCCUCCGUGGCAGUGGUGAACCCUGUACUAUACGGGUUCAUGUCCCGGAAGUUUCGACAAGAGUUACUGGAGCUCGGGAGGAGACGAUGCGCAUGGUGCAGAAACUGUCUGACUGGUUGCCCUGAUGUGAUGAGCAGGGACGUGGUACUGCCCUUUGAACGGGACACAACUUUAGAAAGAAGCCAAAACUGACUAUUUGGCCAGUUGGAACAUUACAUUACACUGGUAUGUAUUCAUUAAGGUAAAAACUCAUUCAUGUCUAAACUAAAAUUCGUAUUAAAAAUGUGAU